AUGAGGAAGACGAGUUCGGAUGCCAUUGUAGCAAAAUUGAGGAUGCGCCACUCCACGGAACGAUCCUCUUCGCUUCUUCAGCCAGCGAAAUCGCACUCACUUAGCGACGGACGGCGAAUCCGUUACCUUGCCCCCUCUUGUGUAGCCCGCGGAAGGAGUGAAAACACGCCGAAAGUGAUGCUUCUGAAGUUCGAAAGAGGAGGCUUACAAAGUUCGAAAAGGGAUUCUACAGUUCAGAAGCGUAGAAAGAUGCUCGCGAAGUUUAGACGACAAGAAGGAUGCUUCUACAGUUCAGAAAAGUAG